AUGGAGAAAUACAUACUGGCCUCCAAACUCAGCCUAUAUACACUAAAAGCUAUCCCUGAAAAGAAAAGAAAAGUUAGGCGCUGGACCGCGCCAGGCCUCCCAAAGUCCCUCUCCUCCCCCUCGGUCAGCCCGACCCCUUGGACCCGGGCAGAAUGGGUGCAAGAGAACUUGCUGCCCCAAACAACCCCCCCGGAGAAUCCCUCCCGCCGAGGCCCGCUUCGCUGCCUCAGUUGCUGCCGAGAGCCCUUGCCCUUCCCCUCCCCCUCCGUGGCCUCCCCUCCCCCACGCGAGGCCCCGCCCGGCCUCCCUCUUCCCGGCUCCAGCCCCUUCCCACCGCCCCUGCAACCCCACCUGCCCCGCACCCGCCGGUUAGAAAGAAGCCGUCUCGGCGUUUCUAAGUCUCCCGGGCCGCCUAGCCCGAGAAAUCGGCCGCGCCCCCGCCUCCAGCGGCCAUACCGGUUUGCCGAGGCCGCCGCCACCCCUCCGCAGCUGCAGUCACGGCCCACUCGGUUGCCCUCCGGCCCGCCGCACCUCGCUGGCAGGCUUGCGCUGGCCGCGGCCAAUCACACAGACCCACCAAGCCUAGCGAGACCUCGGGCCCAGUACGUGGCAGGUGGGGAAAGCAGAGGGGGCGGGUACAAGAAGAAAACUGUGCGUUCGCUCCGCCUCAGAGCGAGCAAGCCAACCCAGAACGCAUGCGCGACGGCUGGGCUCCCCCCCCCCCGGGACUGA